CGUCCCGCGGCCGACCCGACGCCGCAGCCCCCCCGCAGGGAGCUCCGCUUCGGAAGAUGUUGGUCCCAGGGCACUGGGAUGGGCUGAGGUUGACCAUGCCCAGCCUGAUGUUGCUGUUCAUAGCAGCUCUGCUCUCCAGCUGGGCCCAGCUCCUGACUGAUGCCAGCUCCUGGUGGUCGCUAGCUCUGAACCCGGUGCAGAGACCUGAGAUGUUCAUCAUUGGUGCUCAGCCUGUGUGCAGCCAGCUUCCCGGGCUUUCCCCAGGCCAGAGAAAGCUGUGUCAGCUGUAUCAGGAGCACAUGUCCUACAUCGGGGAGGGAGCCAAGACGGGCAUCAGGGAGUGCCAGCACCAGUUCCGGCAGAGGCGGUGGAACUGCAGCACUGUGGACAACAUGUCUGUCUUUGGCAGAGUCAUGCAGAUAGGUAGCCGGGAGACUGCCUUCACCUAUGCAGUGAGUGCUGCCGGGGUGGUGAAUGCCAUCAGCCGCGCUUGCCGAGAGGGUGAGCUGUCCACCUGUGGCUGCAGCCGGACGGCGAGGCCCAAGGACCUGCCACGAGACUGGCUGUGGGGUGGCUGUGGGGACAAUGUGGAGUACGGCUACCGCUUUGCCAAAGAGUUUGUAGACGCCCGAGAGCGUGAGAAGAACUUUGCCAAGGGAUCAGAAGAGCAGGGCCGAGCCCUCAUGAACCUGCAGAACAACGAGGCUGGCCGCCGGGCUGUGUAUAAGAUGGCUGACAUCGCCUGCAAAUGCCACGGCGUCUCAGGGUCCUGCAGCCUCAAGACCUGCUGGCUCCAGCUGGCUGAGUUCCGCAAGGUGGGGGACCGGCUGAAGGAGAAGUACGACAGUGCCGCGGCCAUGCGUGUCACCCGCCAGGGCAAGCUGGAGCUGGCUAACAGCCGCUUCAACCAGCCCACCCCGGAGGACCUGGUCUACGUGGACCCCAGCCCUGACUACUGCCUGCGCAAUGAGACCACAGGCUCACUGGGCACCCAGGGCCGCCUCUGCAACAAGACCUCAGAGGGCAUGGAUGGCUGUGAGCUCAUGUGCUGUGGCCGUGGCUAUGACCGCUUCAAGAGCGUCCAGGUGGAGCGUUGCCACUGCAGGUUCCACUGGUGUUGCUUUGUCAGGUGCAAAAAAUGCACUGAGAUCGUGGACCAGUAUGUCUGUAAAUGAUGGCACCCAUGCCUCCAGCCCACUCCUCUCUGCCUCCCAAAAGUCUAUAUUAUAUAAAUCUAUCUAAAUAUAUUUUAUAUUUGUACAAAUGAGUGGAUGGUUGAUAAAUAAGCAAGAGAAGAAAAGGGAGAGGAAGAACUUAAGAGAUGCUGACCCUCUGUGAGGACUGGGCUUUGCUGGUAUUCUGUAGCCAGUGGGAGAGAAAUGGGCUUUUCCCUGCUUCCUGGCCAGGACUCUCAGAGUCUGAGAGUGUCUCUGCGCCAUGGCCUCCAGGAAAGGAUUAGAAGAAGGAGAUGGGCUGGUUUCAGGUCUGCAGACCUUUGGGGAAGAUGAGGAUCUAUGACCCUGGCCAGGAGACCCAGAGGCCCUGUGGGAGGUGGAGACCUGACAACACCAGUGGUGGCCCAGGUCUUCCCCAGAGUGGAGAUAGCUUUAGUAAGGGUCCCAGCACUUGCUUCUUUGCUCAUUUGAGUACAUAAUUGCAGGAAAGGGAGGCUCCUUUUUCAGUAUUGGGAAGAGGUCUCAAGUCCCUCUGACUGGUGACCUGUAAGGGACCUGUGCCUUCCUGGACUCUGGAUCUGUGUUCUGAUGUGAAUGUCACCAGCUCCUGCCGCAAGCUCCUUAUCCAAGAGAAAGAUGGUCACUUAACUUGCUCCACCAAAAAAGACACGAGCCAGCCUGGGUUCUGACUGGGGGUGAAAUACUUCUUGCACAGAGCGGGAAACCUACUGUUGCUGUCGCUUCCCCUGUCGGGAGGCCUCACAAAUGCUGGCAGGUCACAUCUACUGCCUUGUGUCUUCAGACAUCUCUGCCCAGAUGUACAGUGUCCCUCUGACAUUAAAUAUCUUUU